AUGCACAGAAAGACUUCAGUCGAGCCCUCCAGUUCAACUACUUACACUCCAGUCAAUCUACUCGCAAUGUUCUCCCGAGUUAUGUUCUGCACCUUCUUGAUUCUUCCACUCCUUGCUGCUGCCACAGCCAUCCCAAGGACCGAUACUCCCAGUUGCUCAACUGGCAGCCUCCAAUGCUGUAGUUCCGUGCAGAAGGCUACGGACCCCCUUGCGAGUCUCCUCAUAGGCUUGCUUGGAAUUGUUCUCGGUCCCCUCGACCUCCUUGUCGGAGUGACGUGCUCGCCUAUCACCGUCAUAGGCGUAGGAGGAACCUCUUGCACCCAGCAGACAGUCUGCUGCACUGGAAAUAGCUUCAACGGUCUUAUUGCCAUUGGGUGCUCGCCCAUCAAUAUUAGCCUGUGA